UUUCCAUUUAUUUUUCCCCCAAUCUGAUUCAAUCGCUCAGCUUUUUGUCAGGCAGAUAGACGGGCAGAUCUAUCGCCGGACAUGCUCUUCUCCUUCUCCAAACAAUCCGUAACAGAAAAAACAUCCCCCAUUCCCCACGUUCUCUACCUCUCUCCAACAACAAUGGCGGCAAUGGCCGACUCCGGCUUGGAUCUAGGAGCUUCUGCUUCGUUCUCCUUCUCGGGCGGGGAAAGCAGGUUUGCUGAUACUGGGAAUUUGGAACACUGCGCCAAGUACUUGAACCAGACGCUCGUUACGUUCGGCUUUCCUGCCUCCCUUGAUCUCUUCGCUACUGAUCCGGUUUCGAUUGCUCGGACGUGCAAUUGCAUUUACUUUCUGCUCCAGCAGAGGCAGCGAGAUAUUGAGUUCAGAGAGUCUGCUAAUGAUCAGAGACAGAGGCUGUCGUCGGAUAUAUCAAGAUUGGAAGCAAAGGUUGAGAGGCUUGAGGCACAGCUACAAGUGAAGGAAAGGGAAAUUGCUACAAUUACCAGAACGGAUGCUAAGGCUGCAGCAGCAUUCAAGGCCCAGAUUGAAAAACUUCAGCAGGAAAGAGAUGAGUUUCAAAGGAUGGUGAUUGGUAAUCAGCAAGUGAGGACUCAACAAAUUCAUGAAAUGAAGAAGAGAGAAAAGGAGUACAUAAAGCUACAGGAGAAGCUAAAUCAAGUUCUGAUGGAGAAAAAGAAGGAAUCAAGGUCUGGCAUGGAGAUUAUGAAUUUGCUUCAGAAAGAAGGGCGGCAGCGAGGUACUUGGAAUGGAAAGAAGACUGAUACUGACUUCUAUAAGAAAAUUGUUGAUGCAUAUGAGGCUAAAAACCAGGAACUGAUGAAUGAGAAUAAUGACCUGAGGGCAUUGUUACGGUCAAUGCAGACUGACAUGCGUGAUUUCAUCAAUGCUCCAAACGGUCCGUCCAAGCAGUCUUUGCCAGUCAAUGACCGACCUGAAGUUGACCCUACACAGUCUCCUUUGGGAGGAAGGACGGAUCUGUUUGAUAUGCCUUUGCACAUGGCUAGGGAUCACAUAGAAGAAAGCCUUCGAAAUAAGAUGGCAUCCAUAAAGCUGGAAGAUAUUGAUGUCUGUUUGCCUUUGCUUUUGAAGGAGCGCAUGGUCGAAUUGCAAGAUGCACAGAAGGAAGCAGAAGUUACGUCAGAAGCUACUGAGAGAGAACUUGAGCUCGAAGCUCAACUUGUUGAGGCCAGGAGCAUAAUCCAAGAGCAGGCAUCCCUCAUGUCUAAACAUCUUCCUAAGUCCGACAGGCCGCCAAGGGAAUCCAUCACUCCGUCCCCAACUGAGACUCCCGGGGAUGGAGCUGAUAGCGGGAGAAGCGUGUUUGAUUUGGGCGCGUUCGUAGGUGAUUUGACUGCUCUGGAUGACGAUGCCAGCAGUGAUGAAAUAUCGCUUGAAGGGCUGGAGCAGGAGCUGGAAGAGUGCAAAGGCGAUGAUGUGGUUGAGAAUAUUUUGUCCAAGGGUACAAAGCUGAGGGAGUAUACAAAAGGAGUUGAGAACAAUUUGCGGCAGGUUGAAUUGGAUUCGAUUCAGGAUUAUAUAAAAGAAAGUGACAAUUUGGUGUCUCUCCAUGAACAAAUUCGUGACUGCGACAGCAUCUUGUCACAGAUGGAGACCCUCCUCAGUGGGUUCCAGACUGAGAUUGGUUCUAUUGGUUCGGACAUAAAAAUUCUUCAAGAGAAGUCUAUGGACAUGGGUCUAAGGCUGAAAAACCGGAAGGUUGCUGAAUCAAAGCUAGAAAAAUUUGUCGAAGACAUUAUAGUCCCACCCAGAAUGGUUGAUGUGAUUAUUGACGGAGAGGUCAAUGAUGAGUAUUUGAGAACUCUCGAGAUGCUUAGUAAGAAGUUGAUUUUCGUUGAGUCCGAUUCUUUGAUUAAAACUUCUAAAGCUCUGAAGGAUGUACAGCCUGAGCUUGACAAGCUGAGGCAGAAAGCAGUGUCCAAGGUUUUUGAUUUCAUUGUUCAGAAGCUUCAAGCUCUGAGAAAACCUAAAACGAAUAUCCAGAUCCUUCAACAAAGUGUUCUUUCAAAGUACAAGUAUGUCAUUUCCUUUUUAAAAGAGCAUGGCAAGGAGGUGUACACUGAAGUUCGCGCUGCGUACAUUGACACAAUGAACAAGGUUCUAAGUGCAUGUUUCCGUGCAUACAUUCAAGCGCUGGAGAAACUACAGUUAGAUAUAGCAACUUCGAGUGAUUUGAUUGGUGUGGAGACCAGAAGUACUGGCUUGUUUUCGAGAGCCAGAGAGCCGCUGAAGAAUCGAUCUGCUGUUUUUGCUGUGGGAGAUAGGAUUAGCAUCUUGAAGGAAAUUGAGCAGCCAGCAUUGAUUCCACAUAUAGCUGAAGCCAGUUCCCAGAAGUAUCCUUAUGAGGUCCUCUUCAGGAGCUUACACAAGCUGCUACUGGAUACAGCCACUUCAGAGUAUGAUGGAAUAACUUUCAGAUACUUGUUCCUUCUCAUUUUCCCUUGCUGGCAGUGUAUGGAUUUUGAUUUUCUCCUCGUCGUGCAGCACAAUGCAACUGUUGAUUUUGUCUCUCUGGAUUUCUUAGGUCCCCUUGCUGCGAUUGAUGAGCACUUCAAUUCAAUACUGCCAAACAGUUAUGAUGCAAUGGGCCUAAUGCUAAUGAUUCGUAUCAUACAUCAACAUCAGCUAACUAUGUCUCGGCGCCGAAUUCCCUGUUUGGACUCAUAUCUUGACAAGGUUAAUAUAGCAUUGUGGCCCCGUUUCAAGCUCGUGUUCGACAUGCACCUUAGUAGCUUGAGGAAUGCUAAUAUAAAGACAUUGUGGGAAGAUGAUAUCCAUCCUCAUUAUGUCAUGAGGCGCUAUGCUGAAUUCACUGCUUCUCUUAUUCAUCUCAACGUCGAAUAUGGAGAUGGGCAGCUUGAAUUGAAUAUGGAAAGGCUCAGAAUGGCUAUUGAUGACUUGAUUAUCAAGCUUGCUAAAACAUUCACAAAACCAAAACAACAGAUUGUGUUCCUUAUAAACAAUUACGACAUGACGAUUGCUGUAGUCAAGGAAGCAGGCCCUGAAGGCGGGAAAAUUCAAAUGCAUUUUGAGGAACUGCUGAAGAGCAAUACGGCAUUGUUCGUGGAGGAGCUCCUUAUGGAGCAUUUUGGGGACCUAAUCAAGUUCGUCAAGACUCGAGCUUCGGAGGACCCAAAUUCCAAUCAAGAUAAGCCCCUAACUACCUCAGAAGUCGAACCACUCGUCAAAGACUUCGCCAGUCGGUGGAAAGCCGCGAUCGAGCUGAUGCACAAAGACGUCAUCACGUCAUUCAGCAACUUCUUGUGCGGGAUGGAGAUCCUGAGGGCUGCACUGACCCAACUCCUCCUUUACUACACUAGGCUAUCCGAUUCCAUCAAGAGAAUCACUGGCGGAUCGGCUCUCAACAAAGAUCUCAUCUCCAUAUCCUCCAUCAUGUACGAGAUCAGGAAAUACUCCAGAACUUUCUAGACUGUCUUGCAUUGCGUAUCAAAACCAGCUGAAUUCUAACCCCCAUGCAACCGGUAUGGUCUGAAAGGGAGAGGAAUCUAGCUGAGAGUUGUUGUGCUAAGAGAAGUCAUUGAAUGGUGUAAGUUGAUGCUGAAAUGAUUGUAAGGAAGCAUAUCCUUUAUUUGCUUUUUUUGUUGUUUAGGUACUAUUAAAGGCAUUCGAACCUGAUACAUUCCGCACCAUAAAUAGUGGUAUUACCACUAAACGAACCUCAUUCGUUUUUGCUGACUUACUCCAGAAAGAAGCAUGUUAUCUAUCUACAAAAAGAAAAAUUAUAUACUUCGA